UAUAAAUAACAUGAGUGCAAAAAACAAAAUCAAGCCAGAUGGGAAAACGGUUAAUACAGUUGACCAAAAAGUAAAAAUGAAGGAGAAGUUACUAAAUGCCCUUCAUAACAAUUUUGGAAACAUGAACUUUUCGUUUAAGGAGAGGAUCAACAAGCAGUUUAUUCAACAUCUUCAGAAUAACAAAUAAGACUAAAGUAAAGAUGGAUUCCAAGGAUAUCCAAAAUGAAGAUGGGAAAGAGGAUGCCAAGGUUGACUUACAGAAUAUUCUUAAAUCCUACCUUGGCAUUGCUAAAGACCAAAGUGCAGAAAUGAAGGAUUUGAACAAAUAAAAUAUUUCCUCCCGAUGCUUUUGGGUACCAAGAGUUAGAAAAUAUUACCAAGGAUAGCAAAGAGACUAGCCAAGCUGAUCUUGAUAAAUAAAGUUCAAGAAUUACUGCAGAAAUAUUCAAGAGGAGAGGGAGAUUCACCUAAAUAUAAGAUUGCAGGUGACAAGUUAGAGACAUGUUUUGGAUAUGGGAACAAUAAAAUGUUUGGUAAAGAGUUAAAGCAAGCGAUGGAGGAUGUUCAUAAAAUAAAUUCUGAAAUCGAGGGAGCUAAACAGGAAUCUAGAUCAAAAGAAAAUAAAGAUUUGCAAAUCACCAAGAAUCUAGAAGAAGACAAACAAAGCGAUACUGAUAGUGGUUCACCAAUGUUAGAUGCUACCACACAAGAGAAAUUAAUUAAUUUAGGCCAAAGUCUUGACUCAAAAUAAGCUCACUGAAGCAAUGGGAUUCAUCGAUUUGAGAAUGCUUCUAAAAUGAUAUGCUAAAGCUAUCUCAAAGCAUAUAAAUUUUUCGGAAGGAUAUCUAUUUGUCAAAGAUAAAGUAAAUUCUGCAAGUUUACAGAAUGAAAGACUCCAAUUUACUUAUGAUCUGAAAAAUAUGAAAAUUGACUUAAAUCAAGGAAAGAAGAUUGCCUCUGACAAAGACAUUAGCCAAGAAGAAACAAAGGCCAAUAUUGACAAUAUUUCAAAAAUGAACAUUACUAUUCAGGAUUCCGAACUUCUUGAUACAAUUGGAGGCGAUAAGAAUCCAAAAGAAGUGGAAAAUGAAAAAGAAAUUGACUGAAAUUCAGAUGUAAGAUUAUGAAAAGUUUCUUCUGAAGCAAUCAGAGAUCCUAAAAACUCAGAAAUAUUUAAUGCUCAAAAUGACAUGAAUAAGGAUAGUUUCAUUUCAUCAUUUCUCACUAACAAGGAAGGGAGAAGUUCAAUGCAAAGCUAUGGCACAAGUGCGUUUGAUUCAUCUCUUCAGUACUCAAAUACUGCUAUUUCAUUUAAUAAUUUAAGCUCCAGGCCUCCAAUGGAAGUAAUUGAGAGUGUUGGAGGAGAUACUCUCACAAUUUCGGAGAAGGAAAAAGAUGAUGCUAGUGAUGAUCAAGAUGAUUUUGAUAGAUAUGAGGAAAUUGACGUCAAAAAUGUAGGGCUUGAAACUAGAGAUACUCCUUCCAAAGACAAAAAGCAAAAAGCCAUACUCACUCCUGAGCAAAUAGCUCAAGCCCAUCAUGAGAGAGAAAAUGAAAACUUAGAAGAUGAAAAGAUUGAAUGACUAAUUAAAUGAAAGGAACUGAUAGAGACAGGACACUUCACAAUUGAUGAUUUUAAAGAAAAUGAAGAAAACAAAGAGUUCUCAGAGGGCUACAAGAUUCUUAACAAAAUGACCGAGAAAGGUUUGAAGAAUAAUCUAGAAACACAGCUAUUGAAAUGUCAUCAAAAUUACAGUUUUGAUACAGAGAGUAUGCUUGAUUUAUCAAUGCCUACUUCAUCUCUUGCUCUAAAAGAAAUGUAUGUCAGUGAAAAGCCGACACAAGAGGAGAUCUAUUAUUACUCUAAAUACAUCGUUCUUUCCUCAAGAAUGGAAAAAGAGAUCCCAUUGGUCUCUCUAGCUUACCUGGAAAGACUCUGAUCUAAAACAGGUAUUCUGAUUAACCAUUGGAAUUGGAGAAGACUUAUGCUUAUAUCUCUUACUGUAGCAUCAAAGAUUUGGGAUGAUGAAAGUUUAGAGAAUGUCCACUUUCCUAAAGCAAUGGCAGACGUCUCUUUAAAAGAAAUCAACAAUUUGGAAAAGCUAUUUCUUGAUUUAAUAGAUUAUGACCUGAUGGUCAGAGGAGCAGAUUAUGCUAAAUAUUAUUUCAUCCUUCGCUCGAUUAGUAAAGAGUUCGAAGAUCCUGAAAAUGUUCAGAUGGAUCCUAUCACUGUCGAACACAUGCAGUUGUUACAAAAGAAUAGUGAUAAAGCAGAGGAGAUUUUAAGAGGGAUUUAUAAGAACCAAGAUUUUUCUGCAUCAAUUUAAUUGAUGCUGUGUAAUUAUGAUCCAAAAGCAUCAAAGCAAAGUUCUUAAUUCAAC